AUGUCAGACAACACGGCACUCAUAGAAUGGUCUCGAAAUACAAACUUCCACGAUUCAGUUCCUGCGCCAGAUAAAACACGCAGGUCUACUGCCAGCAUCCCAUUUAUCCUUAUCUUGCAUGAGCUUGAAGGGUCGCAAGUCCCAAUGGAGUCUCUGCAGUUUUCAAUAACGUUUUAUAAAAAAUCAGAAAGCACCUUCUUUGGGAGAACUUUUGUAUUUGGCCAAGAACUUGUGGUGUAUUACCAUACUACAAUUACUGAUGAAGAUGUUGAAGCUGUAUGUGAAAUUUUAGAAAUUACACAAUCAGCUAAUAAUGUUAUAGGAAGAAAACCAAUCGGAUGGACAAGACUAAUUUGUUUUAAAGAAAAUGAAGGCCAAAAAUCUCCUUUAUACUCAGGAAGCUUGAGAAAUUUGACCAUUUCUCAGAAUCCUUUACCCAAGCCCGGGUUCUUUUUGAAUUAUGAAAUAAGAGCUUACGAAGAGCUGAGAAUCGUAUAUGGGCUGCUUCCUCCAGACACUUUUUGCGGCCCACAUGAAAUUCUUCCUGGGGUGGCCGGGAGAUAUCUGCCUUCCAACCCUGCAGAGCACAUCGCGCUUGGCCCAACAGCAAAUUUAUUUUUGAAAAAUAUUGAAAUACCUCGAGCUCAAGAAAUAGAAGACAGAAUAAAAAGUUUUGCUGAAGCCUGGAGAAAAGAAGCAUUUGGAGCUGACUCUCGGCCUGUUAGAAUAAAUGAGCUUAGAGUUACUGUUGGUCUCCACAAUUCAUGGCACUAUUUAGGAGGAGGGGGUCCAGAAAGUGUAGCUUUCUUGAAAAGAUUUGAGGACUCCUUUGUCGCUUCUACAUUAAUUACUCUAAGAGAUGCCGCUAUUGACCCAUUAAUCGCUAUUGUUUUUGAGCUUGAAUGUGCUUUAGAAAUUCCCAAGCCAGGCGCUCCAGGUGAAAUGCUAAAAGUUGCCCUUGCAUGGGCUCCUCAUUUAAAUUUCAAAGAAGGAGACUACAAUGCGUUUAUGAUUCCAGGUCCAGGAAGAAGUGUGUCUGGAAAAAUGCUUUGGGGUGUAAGCCUAGAUAUACAAGUCUUUUUUAAUUUGUCAAUGAAAGAAGGAUCAGCUCCUAUCGUACAAACUCAAUAUAUUACAAACAUUAAAGAAGGAAACCCAGAAGAUGAUUUAAGGCAUAGACAGGAGCAAGCUAAUAUGAUGAGAAAAAUACAGCAGCUAGAAGCUGAGCUACAAAAAGCAAGGACACAGACACAAGCAGGACCUCAGCUGAUUCCAAUAAAGCCACCCCCAUCAAGCCCUCCUCAGCUAACUCAAAUUCAAAGUAUCGAAAUUAGGCCAUCACUAACCCAGACCCUUCCAAGGCCAGUCACUACCCCUGUGAUGCAGCCUCAAUAUCAAGCUCAAAAUAUGCAGUCUGCUUAUGACUCAAACGUCGAUUUCAGCUACAUUGAUGCUAUUGCCCCUGUGCCACUCAAUGGACAAAGACCUGAAACAUCUUUUUCUACUAUGCCUUUAGACAUGCCUAGAGCACUCAGUCGAGCUGAUAAAGCCCGCCUAGUCAGAGCAGGAAUUCGAGGUCUUAUGGAUAAUGAAGAAUUUUCUGGAAUUCGACCAAGGCUUGACAUAGAAGCUCAAGACCCUUUGAAAGCUGCUAAUUUUGUCAUCCAAUUCCUUGCAUACCGUCCUCCAGUGCGAGGGUCAAGAAUGCCAAGCCGUGUCUGUUUUGGAGUCAGAUUUUAUGUGUUUCCUCACACUAUGACUGAACCAGUGACUAUAAAAACAGGUGAUUCAGGAGUUCCUUGGGUCCUUGAAAAAGAUGGCCCUAAUCCUGAGCUGCUUAUGAAGUUUGAAGUAGAGCCUCCUGUAUGGGACCAAGUUGACUUUGCUAAAUAUCUGAUGAAAAAAAGCUUAAGUAUUGAAGUUUGAAACGCAGAAAGCCAUAUUCAUAUAGGAAACGCAAAAAUAAAUCUUGUAGAAGUUGUCAGACAAGGCAAAGCUAGUGUUGUCUCUACUAAAGAGUAUCCUGUAUUUGAUGAAAAUAAAGAGCAGAUAGGCUCUUUGCAGAUUUUAUUAAGAAAUCAAGGGAUGGCACCAUCAGUAAGACUUCAGCCUUCACAAGAUGCAUUAAAAUUAACAGGGCCACAGGCAAGACACAAAUAUAAAGUUAGAAGCAAAGUGCUUGUGCCGCUUCCAGAUGAAAAGCCAAUUGCAAUUGAUAACGAAGACCAAAGGAAAAGGCUGAGAAUUAUGGAGUUCAGAAAAUCACAAACCCAACAAAUCACAAGUGAGGACUGGGACAAAGAAAAACAAUUAAAAGAAAUUUCUAUAAUCAGAGAAUCCAGAAAGCCAAUGGCCAUAAAACAAGCUUUAAGAGAAUAUAUGAGUACUGCUGAAAAAAUUCACGCAAGAGUUGGGCAGGCUUUUACGUUCCAGUAUAUGCUGAGAAAUCCACAAAUAGGAGAAGAAUGCUUUAGCGUUAUUAUAGAAGAUAAAGAACUUAGCGUAGUCAAAGAUGUAUCAGAAUGACAAUGGUGGGUUAAUCAUUUCAAUUAUGAUAGACCACUUGAAUAUGAUAUGAUAACGCCAGAUAACUCCAUAAUAUUAAGACCUGGGGAGUCCUGCCCUAUUAUCUUUAAAUUCAUUUCUUGGAAUCCUCAGCCAAAAAUGAUCACAGCGUGAAUCCAUCAAAGCAAAGGGUCACCAAUUUGUGCAAUGGAGCUAGAAGUAGUCCCUGAGUCUUCACCUGUAGACCAGAUUUUGCGCUUCUAUGAGUGUGAAAAUCGUACUGUCAAGCUUGCCAUCCCUCCUCUUUACAGCUCUGAAACGCUAACUAAACCAAUCCUGCAUUGCAGCCUUGAGAAAGCUAUAGUCCAAUGGGAAAAUGAGCGCGAAAUCAGUGUGGAGCUAAAAACACCUCCAGCCCCUAACAUUUUAAGCUUCAACUUAGUCGCAUAUGAUGAUCCUUAUUGCAGUGAGGUCGUCGCCAACUGGGAAAUCAAGCUUCACUCCUUAGUAGGAGUUGACGUAAACGUAACAAAUUAAAUAUGACGUCUCAAUGCUUCGCGGCCGGCUAUAUGGACUUCCUUCAAGUACAUAUUUAAUUAUUUCUGGCAAGGUUUUACAUCCCAGAAAUGGUCAGCAGUGCUAGGUAAGUGUUUUACUGGUCAGAGUAGCCCAAGUCAGCUUUUAAGGUAUGAUUUUACCUCAAGGGGAAGGCGGCAUGGAAGUUGGAAAGGGGUCGCCCAGAAAUGUCUAGGGGACAAUGUCUAGACCAAUCGAGCAUUUUACUAUCAGAAACCAGAGUUACGCCUUGGCUGCGCUUGCUGAGAGUCAACAAAAAUUUCAUCUUUUUGGGAUUUUGUAUGAACAACCCUUGUUUCCCCACCAAAAAAAAACCCUCAAGCAAGGCCGCACAAAUCUGAAGACUGCCCACACAACACUGUAGCCAAAAAUAAGGAGGAGACACUGCUAUCCCUGGUGGAAGACACGGUCGCAAAAUGGUUGAAUCUCCUAUAUUGGAAAUCCUCAGCAAUUGCAUAAAAAUUAGUGCGAAAUCUGUCUGUUAAUAAGAUAAGAUAAGACGUAAACGUAACCAUGGGCCAAGCAACAGCUAUUAGACUUGCAUGCCCAGGAGAUGAAGCUCGUACAGUCGCUUUGUACUCCUCAAAAGACGAUUGUGUGUUUUUCCCAUCACCUCAUGAUAAGCCAUUUACUUUAUUGCCAAGAAGCGUAAACAGCUUGCCUGUUAUGAUUAGGUCAGACUCUCCACAAAUCCAAAGAAUAAGGGUGCAUUGUGUGGAUAUUUUCCAUAGACAGUUGGUUCAUGCAUGGGUUAUUCGGAUUGAGAGCUCUGCGGCUACAAUUACACAAAUUUAUGAAGUAAAAUGCAAAUUGGGGCAACCAACAGAUAAAAGAGUGCUGUUUGUGAACAGAAGCCAGACAUGGGCCAUUUUCCACUUUAGGUCAUCACAUCCAAAUGUGCUGGAAAUUAAAGAGCCAAGAAUUUCUCUGGAGGGAGGAGCGAAAGGAUACUUGUGGAUGCAUGUUCCAGCAGCUUCACAGCCUAAUCCAGCAGAAGUGUGCGUAUUUGCAACGGAUUCUGAAGAAAAUAUUUUUGAGUGCUUAUUAUUUAAGAUUGAUUACGAAUAA